AUGUUCUGUAAAAACUGUACCAAAAAAAGGAAAAUGACAUUUUAUUAUCUUAAAUGUACAAAUGAAGAUAAUGAGGGUUAUAGGCGAUGUGCUCUAAUACCAACAACAAUGGAGUAUACAGAGAAUGAAGAUGAAAGUAAAAUAAGUGAUGAAUUAGAAGAAAAAGAAAUUACUGUGCCACCAGAUCCGACGAUAGUAUUAGGCGGUAUAUUAAAAAAGAGGGAACAAACAACUGACCGGGAAGUAGUGAGAGGCACAUCUGAGAGUACUGAUAAUCCCUUUAUAGACUCAAGCGAUUCGCGUAGCGUUCAAACUAAUUCUGAAUAUUUAACCGAAGCAGAUGGUAUAUCACCUUACUUGGUACAGACAGAAAAAGGAAUUAAAUGGAAAAUACUUGAUAAUGCAACAUAUAAUUGUAAGACAUAUAAAUCAAAAGAUACUUAUGGAUUAUGUAAUCGAUUAGCAGAAUUACAUCAAGAAGGAAAAAUUAAAUUUAACCCCAAUUCUAGUGGUCGCAAUGUAAGAAAUAGAGAACCAUCACUCGAAAGAGAAGGUUUAUCAGAUACAGGAUCAUAUGAAACUAAUGAAGAUGACGCAUACUCUCCUAACACCUGGAAUGACAUGUAUUCUUUAUUAAGAACUUGGCAAUUCCGAACAGGAACAACAAUUGUUUUAAUGUUAGGAAUUUUUUCCUUGUAUACUCCUAUUGGAUCCUUCUUUAUGAGUAGAAAAGGAGAGAGAAGAAAUAUUGAUCAUGAAUAUUUUGAAAGAAAAUCGGAAGAGUUGUCUGGACGUAGUCAAAACUCGGUGAGUAAAAAUCGUAAUAAUGAUCGAAUACAAAUUGUUUAUCAGCAGGGAUGA